AUGACUAAUGUUUCUCAGUCAACUUUUUACCCCAAAGAUUUCUCUAAAUCUGAGAGAAAGAUUUCUGUUUUUGCGUCUCAUCGCCCUUUUGGCUUUCACCUUCUGACAUCGCCUUUUCCCGUUUCUUGUCUUGCCCUUUCUUUCCCCGUCUCCUUUCCCACCUCGACGGGACAACCAUGGGACAACCAUGGGACAAUCAACAGUUUCCAAGAAUUUCCGUUAGAUUUGGAUUUUAUGGCUGGAAGCUGGGAUGGAAGGUAUGAUAUUGGUGGUCAGUCCGAUGACAGCUACCUUUUUGAGAAGCUACGUCUCGAGCCCAUUUAUGAUGCAUUCAUAUGCCCUUUAACGAAAAAAGUAAUGCGAGAUCCUGUAGCCUUGGAAAAUGGCCGAACAUUUGAAAGAGAAGCCAUUGAGAAAUGGUUCAGGGAAAGUAAGGAAAGUGGAAGAAAGCUCAUUUGCCCAUUAACACUAAACGAGUUAAAGAGCAUGGAACUAAAUCCAAGUGUUGGUUUGAAGAAUACAAUCGAAGAAUGGAAUGCCAGGAAUGAAGCCGCUCAGCUUGACAUGGCUCGCAGAUCAUUAUCACCAGGCAGCCCGGAGGUGGAGAGUGAUAUUCUACAGGCUUUGAAGUUUGUCCAGCAGCUCUGCCAAAAACAGGGGUCCAACAAGCAUGUAAUCCGUAACGCUGAGCUGACACCUAUGAUUGUUCAUAUGCUGAAUAACAGCAGUCGUCAAGUUCGCUGCAAGGCUCUGGAAACCCUUCAAAUUGUGGUGGAGGAAGACAUUGAUAUUAAGGAAAUGAUGGCAGAAGGGGACACUGUACGUACAAUAAUUAAAUUCUUAUCGCACGAGCAAUCCAAAGAGAGAGAAGAAGCAGUUUCGUUGCUGUACGAGCUCUCCAAAUCUGAGAAAUUGUGUGAAAAGAUGGGUUCAAUCAAUGGAGUAAUUCUCAUAUUAGUAGGAAUGGCAAGCAGCAAAUCGGAAAAUAUUGUCACUGUUGAGAAGGCGCAUAAAACACUGGACAAUCUGGCAAAAUGUGAAAACAACGUCAGACAAAUGGCUGAAAAUGGAAGGUUGCAACCUCUUCUGACUCUCCUACUUGAAGGCUCUCCAGAAGCGAAAUUGUCAAUGGCUGCACUCCUGGGUGAGCUGGUUCUAAACAAUGACGUGAAAGUCUUUGUUGCUCGGACAGCUGGUUCAUCCUUGAUCAAUCUCCUGAAGACUAAUAAUAUGCCAUCCCGAGAGUCUUCUCUUAAAGCUUUAAAUCAAAUAUCAUCAGACGAGGAAAGUGCCAAGGUCUUGAUAGAAGAGGGUUUACUUCCCCCCCUUGUCAAGGAUCUCUUCAGAGUCGGUGCCAACCAGCUGCCCACACGGCUGAAAGAAGUUUCGGCGAUGAUUCUUGCGAAUGUUGUGAAUUCGGGUUAUGAUUUUCAUUCUGUCCCAGUUGGAUCAGAUAACCAAACUCUUGUAUCGGAGGAAAUAAUUCAUAACCUUCUCCAUCUCAUUAGCAACACUGGCCCUGCGAUAGAGUGCAAACUACUUCAGAUUCUUGUUGGGCUCACGAGUACUCCAACAACUGUUUCCAGUGUUGUUUCUGCUAUAAAAAGUUCUGGUGCUACUAUUAGUUUGGUUCAGUUUAUUGAGGCUUCACAGAGGGAUCUGAGGGUUGCUUCCAUAAAACUUCUUCAGAAGCUCUCUCCACACAUGGGGCAAGAGCUAGCCAGCUGCUUGUGUGGUACAUCUGGUCAGCUCGGCAGCCUAAUCCAAGUCAUAUCAGAAAAUGUUGGAAUAACCGAGGAGCAGGCAGCAGCUGUCGGGCUUUUGGCUGAUCUUCCAGAAAGAGACGUGGGCCUCACGCGACAGAUGGUAAAUGAAGGUGCCUUCCAACUGUUCAUUUCCAGAGUAAUUAGGAUAAGACACGGGGAGACUAGAGGUGGCCGCUUCAUGACCCCAUAUUUAGAAGGGCUUGUCAAGGUUCUAGCAAGGAUUACAUUUGCCUUGUCUGAGGAGUCGGGAGAUGUGCGGGCACUUUGUAGUGAGCACAAUCUUGCAUCACUCUUCAUAGAACUUCUACAGGCCAAUGGGUUUGACAAUGUACAAAUGGUAUCUGCUAUGGCUUUAGAGAAUCUAUCCCAAGAAUCCAAAAACUUGACCAAACUGCCAGAGAUUCCUUCUCUUGGAUUUUGUGGAUCUGUCUUCCCUUGUUUCAGCAAGACAUCUUUCAUAACGGGAUCAUGUAGGGUCCACGGGGGGACAUGUUCCCUAAAAGAAAGCUUUUGUCUCUUGGAUGGACAGGCCGUAGACAAGUUGGUGGCUCUUCUGGACCACACCAAUGAAAAGGUGAUCGAAGCAUCACUUGCAGCCUUGUCAACUUUGUUGGAUGACGGGGUUAAUAUCGAGCAAGGAGUUCAGGUGUUGUUAGAAGCUGAAGGCAUCAAGCCUAUACUCGAUGUUUUAAUCGAGAAACGGAUGGAGAGUCUGAGGAGGAGGGCAGUUUGGGCAGUUGAGAGACUCUUGAGAAAUGAUGAGAUAGCUCUUGAAGUUUCCGGUGAUCAAAAUGCAAGUACAGCUCUUGUGGAUGCUUUCCAGUAUGGGGAUUAUCGAACACGACAGACUGCUGAGCGUGCCUUGAAGCAUAUCGACAAGAUUCCCAGCUUCUCUGGUAUCUUCGGUAAAAUGGGAUAA